UCUUCCUUGUCUUCCUCUCUUUCAUCGCCUCAUUUAAAAAUGUCUGAUGGUGAUGAUUUCCCAAGGGUAACCCACUCAGGUCAGACUAAAACUAGAAUAAGAGAAAGGGAAGAGAGAAAGAUUGCAAUACAGAGAGAAUAGAAAGAGAGAUGAGAUGGAGGAAGAGAGAAAAGAGAGGAAGCUGGAGAGGAGAAGUUGGUCUCUUUGGAGAUCCAAAGAUCUUAAAGCCCUGAAGCUGUGUUGAGUGCAAAAGGGAGGAAGAGAGAGAGAAGGAGAGGUGGAGGAAGAGAAGGAUAGAGUGAGAGGUAGAAGGGAGCUGAAUUCAGGAGAAGAAAAGCUAGAAAGGGAGAGGAGGAAGAGGAGGAGGGGGAGGGUUUGCGUUGGUGUGUUGGUUGGCAGAGAGAGUGCUUGUCAAAAAAACCUUCCUCUGACAGAAGGCAUGAUUCACAGCGGAGAGAGAGAGAGGGAGAGGAGCGAGCAAGAGGGAUGGAGACAAGCAACAGAAAAACAGAAAAACGGCAGCGAUAAAGAUAGAUGGAAACGACGGGGCUAAGAUGCCGACAGACCACAAUAAUCAACAAACUGAGAAAAUGAGAGGAGAGGCUUUGACUGGAUUCAAUCCUCCAUCCACUGUGCUCAGUUUUUCUGUCGCACUGUGUCUGACUGACUAACGCUCCACUGUAUAAAGAAUUAAUUGGCUCUGAACAGACAGCCAGAACAAUAAACAACGAAAAUAAAUACAAAUGCAUGCUCAGCAGAGAGUGGGAGAAAAGAUGAGCUGAGAACAAUACCUCCAUGGACAUAAAAACUGGAAAUAUUUUGUCCUUUAUCUUCAUGUUUUUUCUUCAAAAUCUUGGAUUAUUUCUUAAAGUACAAUUCUGUCUCCACUUUUUUUAUUUGGACAUUGUGCUGUUGUGACAGAUGGAGUUUUCUGCUGCUAUGCCACACUUUGAUCACAAGACUGUCCUGACUUGUCAUUAAAACAGACAAAACAUGCUUAAGUAUUUUACCAGAAAGGAAUAACCUAAAAAUUUGACUAUGACAUUUCUCCAUUCCUUUUAUUUGGUCAUGGCCCUGUAAAAGCCAGCUGCCAUGAAUCUUAUGAAUUCUGAAAGCAUUUUUUUUUCAGAAUAAGCAGAAUUAACAAAUUCACAAUUCAUUCUUCAAACUUCAGCCGUGCCUCCCACCAACCCCUCCCACCAUCAGCCAUCCGACCAAUCAUGGGCAAGCCUCUUAGCCGUCCCGGGUGUUUCAGGAAGAGCUCCUGCUGCCUGGAGAAACAUGGAGCUGGGGAUGGGGGAGUGGGAGGGCGAGCUGGGGGAGUGGAUGCAGGUUAUGGAGAUGGCUAUGUACCCCAAAGGUCCAUCUACGAUACCAUGUGCAUCAAUCAACAGAUAGACAGCCAACAUCAUCAACCUGGAGGGUCCAUAAGGCGAGACUGUGGAGGCGAGGGGAGUUUUAGCUACUCUGCAAGUGGUUCCCUGAGAGUUAGCAGGUCUCCAGCUGACAUGUUUGAUCCGCAACCCCGCUCUUUAACUCCAAACCCCUCAUUUGUGCGGCGACUUGAUGAAAGAGUUAUAUAUGAUUCUUUGAAACUUGGGGCUCAGGAUGCCGAUGGUGAUGGCUGCCAUUCUCCAGGACGUUUCACUCGAUCAGUUUCUCCCUCUGUAUCUUCAUUCUCAGCACCAGGAGUGUCCUCCUCCUCAUCCAAGAAACAUCACCAUCACCACCACCAUCACCAUGGAGACAGCACAAAGAGCAGAGAUGGCCGACAUUCCUGGAAAGUCCUGACACCUCCCAAACACCUGGAAUGUCUGGAGCUCACUACAACUGAAAUGAUGGAAAGAGGAGGUGGAUAUCUGAAUCCAGGGCACUACCACCCCGCUGGCGGCCAGUCCUCCUCUCUUACUUCCCCCCUUAUUUCCCCCUUCUCUGGAUCACCUCUCUCUUCGGGUUACCAUACACCGGUCUUUUUCUCCCCUGCCAAACCUCGUCCCAGUCAGACUCAGAGUUUGCGGUGUUCCCCUCCCCACAUCAUCCAGCCACGGCAUUACUCCCAAACCCAGAGCCUUAGGCUAUCACCACCCCAUGAGCUUAGGCGAUCCCCCUACCGUUCCCCCCUAGUCCAACUGUCUGCUCAUGACCUUGAACAGGACCUGAGGGACCGAGGAGGAGGAUGGGGCCGUAGUGAGCGAGAAAGAGAAUGGGAGAGGGAGAGGGAAAGGGAGAUGGAGAGAGGAUGGGCCCAGCGAGAAUGGGAAAGAGAGAGGGAGAGAGGGCGGCUCGAGAGGGAGAGAGCGAGAGAAAGGGAGAGGAGAGAAACAUCGACUUUUGGGACCUUCGGGUAUGGUCGACCAGUUCCUCUGCGUUCAGACAGAGACUCAGUGUUUUUAGAGCCCGACCAGGACACAACACCCCUGUUGCUCCCCCAGCCCUCACCUUCACCCUCCCCCAAUGCUGCUCCCAGAAUGGGCACUGGUGCUGUAGGAAGGAAUAGAGCGGGGUCAAAGGUUGGCCCUGAUAGUGUGGGUGGGGGAAUGGUUUCUAAGUUUGACAAUGGGAGUGUGGGUUUGGUGUUAGUUGACAGCAAAUCUGGGUGUGGGCCAAGGUUAGUUAGUGAAGUUGGAGCUGGAAACAUAGCAGAGGUUGAUAUUAGGGCUGGAAUACAAGAACACCACAGAUCUGAAAGUUGGAGCAAAUAUGAUAAUGGAUCGAGAGCUAGCAUUAAAAAUGGGUCUGAAACAAGAAAAGGCUCCCAGGUGAAAACAAGACCAGGGGGGCGGGAUUUGGAAGGGAAAGUGCAGUCUGGUGUGGAGAUAAAGAAUAUGGCUCCUAGUGUGACCAAGGAGGGACAUAGGGGAAGUACAAGGAGUGGGGAAAAAAGUGGAAGGGUUAUGGCUAAACCAGAACGUAUUGAUGAGGCUAUACCUUCAACUGUGAGUGAAGAUGAGAAAAAGGCUGGGCAUGGUGAUAAAGUUGGGAUUGUAACUGGAAGUGGUCCAAAACCAGACUUUGAUGUAGAGGUUGAAACUAAAGCUAGUUCAAGACAAGUGGAGAACAGAAGUGGAGCAGACACUGGAAGUGUAGCUGAGGUUAAGAGUGAAGUUCGUUCAGCAACAGAGUCCGGAGUAGAAGUUAACGCUGAGACAGAGGUAAAGAUUGCUCCGACACCUGCACCUAAGGCAGUGCCAGAAGCUGGGGUUGUUAAUAAGAUAGAGACAUGGAGUAACACUGAGAGUGUAGUUGUCUGUGAAUGCUGGAGCAGCAACAAGACAACAGAUAUUGGGGCUGGGGAUAAAAAUGAUUCUGCCACUGCAGAUCAUGCUGGGAAAAUGACUUUGGACAAAAUUGAUUCUAGCCAUGUAGAGAAAGGUUCCAAAUCCCAGAAGUCCAAAUCAUCCAAGUCCAGCUCCAGGAAUCGACCUGGCACAGCCACAGGGCUCCGACCAGGUGUGGUCAGCCCACGACUAAGCAGCGGGCUUGGGGACCUUGAGACAACAUGCUCUACUGAGGUCAUCGAGUCCACCUGGCCUCGCCGAAUCAUUGUCAGAAAAAGGACUGUUCGGCAGGGUGGGGCAGUCCACAACCUCCCUAUUCUCCCUCCACUUCCCUCUGUUCUAUCAGCAUUGGAGAAGAGGCGCCCGCUUGCCCUUCUCCAAACACAUCCAGGACACUUCUCCGAGAGCCCACUAACAAAUAUAAUGACUGCUAUAAGUAUGGUAGGACGAAGCUCACUUAAAGAACCCUCCCAUGCAGAACCAGGGCAGGGGGCCACUUUGGUGGGCAGGGCUUCACUGAAGGAGCAGAACUUGGAACACUGGAGAGUCUGCAGAGAGCAAGAAGAACCAAGGAGAUCCAGAAGCAAAGAGAAAAAAGGUGAGCCAAGUAAGGAGAAGACAGAGGGGGAGGAAAGGAAGGAAAAGGAACAGAAGAGAGAAAAUGAGAGGAGAGACAACAAAGACAAAAAGGAGGAGGGAUUGGAUAAGGACAAAGUGAGGGUUACUGUUAGUGGGUGGGUGGUAGAGGAAACCAAACAAGAAAAGUCAGCGAGAAAGGUUGAGGGGAAAGUGCAAGAGGAUGAAAAAAAAUAUGAAGAAUUGAAAAAGGAAAGUCAUGUAGAAAUGAAGUGUGAAAAGGGAGAGGAUAUAGGAGUGAUGAACAAGGAUGGAGUACAAGAGUUGCAUGUCCAAGAGUUGGAGAAGGUGGUUGCUAUAUUAAAGACAGAGGAAGGUGAGGUGGAGGGAGGAGAAGGAGGGACAUUUGGAGACGACAGGGGGAUGGAGAGUUGGGAUGCUGUCCUUGAGAUGGUCACCACAUUAUGGGAUGAUGGCUGGGAAAAGGGGGGAGGAGGAGCUGUAGGUGAUACAGAUUCCUUCUCAGGAUCCUUGCAACGCUGGCCUCUUCUCCGGCCCCCAAUUGGCUUUGGAGGCUCCCACCCCCCAUCCUCAGCAGCCUCAGAGCUCAGCUUGACAGAGUUAGAAAGAAGAGCCAGGGAACUGGACUCUGACCUGGAACAUCUAGACCUGUCUCAGUCCCAGAGGGACACACAGGAUGUAUACCAAAUGCUGCUUGAGCUACAGAGGGAACGAGCUGACAUGUACCAAACACACCCUGGGCCACAGAGAGAGAAAGCUGCACUAAUGACAGGAGUGGGAAGUAAAUCUCAGGUCAGUUUGGAGCUCAGCACUGUGGCUUCACCAGCUACAGACACGGACAGAUCUCCUGUUGACUGGUCAACAAAACUUGCUGGGACUUACACUGCUGGCACAAGCUCCAUUAAGGAGGACAACUCUCCAGACUCAAACCUUACAUUGGAGUCAGACUCCAGUGGCAUCUUCCUCUCCUUAUCCAAUCAAAGCCAGGAGGAGGCCGGCUCUGAUAGUGACCAGCCAAUCAGUGGCUCUGACCUAGGCAGUAGCAACACAUCCCUGGAGAAAGAUGGGGAGGAUGGAGGGUUAAAAGAAUGGGGGAGGGAGGAGAGUGCAGAGCUGCAGUGGUGCUACCCAUCUCUCCUCAACACAGAGGACAGAGAAGGAGAUGAUGAAAGACCAGAAGCAGGGUAUGGAAAGAUGUCAGUAGAUGAAGAGAGAGAGAAAGACGAGAAUGUGAGGAGAGUUGGUAAGAUGGGAACAGUUUCUGUCAUUAGGACCAUGCUUGACCAUACAGACAUCAGUGACUCCAUGACUGUAAAUGCCCCACAAUGUGGAGAAAUACCACCCAGAAAAAAAGUGACCCUCAUGGGAAGUGACUCCCCCCUCCCGUUGUCUCCCUCAAAACAACCAGUCAAACACCUUCUAGAUCCCAAUCAGAAGCCAAUCCGAAGCUCAGGUUUGGACUGUGGUGACUUAGAUCCUUUUGUUCAAUCAGACAGCUUUGUUUACCUUGCCGUGUCUGCAAGACCUGCAUCCCAGGGCGAAGUCACCACAGUGACAGAAGUUCCCACUCAUCCUUCAAAACAAGAUAGUAUACCACAACAUUCAGAUAGCAUGAAAACAUGCUUGGACCAGCCAACAGAAUGGGACAACAAGCCCACUCUCCCUGCCCCACAUAAACCAGAGGAAGGAGACUUUUUGUGCACUGACAGCUUUGUCUAUCUGGCUGCUCCAGCAUGCCUCCUACUUGGCCCUGCGGGGACUACAGCUUAUAGUGGCAGGGAGUCAGACUCAGAGAGUUCAGGAUCUGGCGCUCUUGAUGUGUCAGUACUGGGUUGUGGCUCGGUGGCAGGUGACAGUGACUGGGAUUCAGAUCUGUCUGACACAGAUCCCAGUCGCUCUUGCAGAAUCUCUGCUGCUGUAAACAAGUCCGCUGGCAUGGCACGGCCUAAGCGGCUGCCUCCUGAACUGGGCUGGGACUUGUUUGGAGAAACCACUGAACCUGAAGUGCUGAGUGAGCUCUUCAGGGAACAGGACAGAAACAACAAUGACAAAGCAAAGAGGGCUCCCGAGGUUACCAACAGCAUGUCAGCGACCCAGGCUACUCCCAUGGCAACUCAGCCUGUCACAACUCCAAUGAAGCAGGCAACAGUAGAGCUGUCAUCGACAACAAAGAAGGUGACAUGGCAGUUUAAACCAGCCCAGAGGUCAGUCUGCACCGGAAGCAGAAAGGAGAAAGAGAAGGAAAUUACAUCAUCAUCGGUAAGGAUUACAGAGCUGGGAGGAGGCGAGACCUAUAGACCCUCCCCUUCUUCUUCAUCAUCUUCAUCAUCGUCACCAUCGUCAUCCUCUUCUGGUUGAUUUGUGAAUUGGGUUUUGUUUGACCACCUGGCUGGAGCUUAUAUCUCCUGAAACUGAGUUGGUUGCAGAAAGGUAAAAGUUCUACAACUUAUUCUGCAAAAACUGAUGACUGAAACAACUACCGUUUUAUUUCCCUGUACAGUUUUAACCCCUGCAUCAAGCUGUUGCUAUUGCCUUCUUAUGACUUUAUAAAGACUGCAUAAAAGACUAUUAAUUGUUGUCUUAUAUUAGCCCACAGAGUAUCGUAUAUAGUCAGUUUAAGUGUGAAACAUUGUGAGACUCAGGCUAAACAGAAAUCUUCAGGUUGAGAUUAUGCGGAAAUACGUCCACUGAUUGAGUUCAUAGUUAAGAUAUGCACAGUCUCAAUGGGUUAUUAACAACAGUUACAUUUUGGAAGACAGAGCUGAUCUAUUAGUGACACAUUCACAUUAUUCUCUAAAGAUUAAAUGCGAAGAAUCUUUUUUUGUUAUUCUAUUAAAUGUAUUGUACAGGAUAUAAACAACUACAAGAGAAUCCCAAGACAGAAUUCAUAUAUCAGAUAUUCAGUUUGGGAUGAUCACCUUUGUUUAACAUCUUUACAAUAUUAAAAUUGAACCACAAUAACACGUAAAAACAAUAACAGUUGUAGCCAAAAAUUUGGGUCACACUGCAACAUUGCAUUCUAAGUUUACAAAGAUCUAACCAUGUAAAUGUGUCUCAGGCAUUACAUCAAAUUACACUUCCUUUACCAUAUAAUGUCUAAUUAACUAUGGACACAUAUAUGGACUCAUAUAAAAAUAAUGAUUUUUAGAAAAUGACUAAGAUUAAAUUUUACAAUGUACAAUGCAUUUUAUAAUCACUUCCAACUUUACAGUGUAUUUAACAGUGUGUCAAUAAUGACCAUUGAGAUAUUUUAGAGCGAAAUAUUUACAUGUGAUGAAUGUGCAAACAAAUAAUGGAAGGAUUUAGAAAUAUCAUUUGAUUUAAAUGUUCUAUUUAUCAAAUAGAUUUGUGAAUGUAAUUAUUGAGCAAUAUGCUUACAUAUUCAUGCUAUAUCCUGUGUUUCACGUGUGUAAAAUAUUGCCUGAGUGAUGUGUAAAUAUUCGCUGAGAUUCAUUUUAUAUAUACAGCCAAAUACUAAUUGUAAAUGCUGUCUUAUAGUCAUUUAGAGGUUCUACAUAUGAUAGACAUUGAGUUAUCAUCAGGUAGCUUGGUAUAAUUACCACAAACAACAAGACCCUGGCAGAGAUGAUUGAUAGCUGUUGUCUCACAUCUGUUAUUUUUAGUGCUAGUGUUUUUCAAAAGACUUCAUCUCCCAUAAUCCCCUUGUGCAUCCUGUCUUUCCUCAUUGCUGUAGCAUCUUUGGCUUUACUGAAGACCACAGUCUGUCACAGUAAGAAAAGUUGACAGAUUUAGCUUGUUUGUGCUGAAAGAAAAAGCAAUUCAGAAUAUCUUCCUCCAAAUCCAAGUCAGUGGCAAACAAUGUACAAUGCAGCAUGGAGGCUGGUGGCGCUGCCAGUCGUCCCAGCAGUGGUCUUGAUGUAUAGUAAUUAUACUAAUGUUUAAAGAUGAAUGUGGUAGUCAUUUGCUGAUGUUAAAAAUGAUACAUGUAGCACCUUUAAAUGAGUUCACAGUGAUACAGUAUCAGACUUGUUGUUCUAUUAAAGAUGUGACAAAGGGAAGGUGGCAGGUUAACAAUUAAUUGACAGUUAGGCAAUAAUUAUUAUACAGUCUGCGGUAGUUAUGAAACGUUGUGUAGGAAGUUGUGGCCUGGCAGGCAAAUUGCUUCCUGCACAGGUUUAGUCAUGCUAUUUUAAAUUUGCACUUGAAGUUAAGAUUGGGCAGUGAGAGGAUGAAUUAUCACAAAUUUCAAGUCAAUUAAAUGUGUGUGAGUUUAGUGUGAAGGUGAUGGCACUAGAAUCUGGAGGGUAAAUCUAUUGUGGGAAUGCUGCGGCAAUGUUUAUUGAUUACAAUGGGUUUAAAAGGGUUUUUUUAAGCGGUGAACCGUAUUGCCUUGUGCAACUUUAACUGCCAUUAUGAACCGUUAAAUGUUCUACAGUGCUUAUUUUUGAUUAUGAUGCUCUUUGCAAUUCAACAGGAUUUGUUGUAGCAGUGGAUGCACCUGUCAUGUUAAGUGAUAGAUUUCUUUCUGGAUCGUUUGAGCACAGAUUUACAAGCACAGCCGCAGGUGAGGUCAUUCUGGUAUAGCUGGCUGAACCUGUUAAGGGGCUGGAAUAAUUCCUCCUGGCCCCAGGCUUUUUGUUUGUGUUCGUUUGUGCUAAUUUGAUUUCAGACAAAUAAAAAAAAAAAACAAAAAAAAAAACAACAACAACAACAAAAAACAUACACUAUACCAUAUAAACAAAAUAUCAAUAGCAUCACAUUACAAUCAUGGAAUGUACAAAAGUUAAAUGAUGGGUACUUAAAACUGUAAUCAAUUGGUCAUUACUCAUUGGCAAAGUAAUGGCAUUACCUUACAAAUUAUUUGGCAGCAACAGCAAUGCAUUACAUCACUUGUUACAUUACUUUCUUCCCAACAACAUCAAAGGUGCCUCGAUACAACUCCAGACUACUCACCUGCAGCAUCUUUAUGGAGCAAGAUUUUCAGUGACAGAUAACUAUGACAUUGAAACCAAAACUAAACCUCAACGCUGAUAAAAAUUACACUGACAAUGAAAAAUAAGGAAAUUUUUCUUUUCAGUGUCAAUGAUUUUCUAUUUCAACUUUCUAUCACUGUUCUGGCGUGGACAGGAGUGGUUUGAGGGGGGCAAGAACA